AUGACAGACGCUGGCUUCUUCAAGGGUACAAGUGCUGAGCAAGAUGCCAGGUUCGCUGAUAAAAAGAAAAAGUUAAUGAAAACUAUGAAAUUCGGAGAAAACUUGGCUCAAAAGGUUGACAUGUCCAAAAUUAAUUUGGAGUCUAUAAGACCAUGGAUUGUUAAACGUAUAACAGAGCUUUUAAACUUUGAGGAUGAGGUCGUCUGUGACUACAUUUUCAACCAACUGGAGGAGCGCCAUCCAGACCCAAAGGAAAUCCAGAUUAAUAUAACGGGAUUUUUAAACAGUAAAAAUGCGAGGGUGUUUUUGUCCGAACUAUGGGAUUUAUUGUUAUCUGCCAUGCAGACACCGGAUGGCGUUCCUGCAGCUUUUCUGGAGGCCAAGAAAGAAGAGAUCGCAAAGCGUCAGGAGGACGAAAAAUUUGUUCUCGAAAUGAGAAAGAGGGAAAAUGAGCUAAUUCAGAAAGGAACUAAUCGAACGUCUAACAUGAGUUCCGAACAAAUAGAUAAUCAGAAGCGCGUUUCGUCUGUCAAAAGCAAUGGAGUAGCAGAAUCUGAAGAGCCGGAAACUUUUACCAAUCGCAACCGUUCUACUUCACGAACAGCAUCACCAGCCCCUCAACCACCUGCAACUACUACAGAAAGUCGUGAGAAACUCGAUGGAGCAACUAGUCGAACUGCUCAUCGAGAUGAAACGAGUUCGUCGCGUUCCCCUGAACAACACCGUCGCCGUCGUCAUCACCACUCUCCUGAGAGAUGUCCGGUCGACACAAGACGCCGUAGAUCACAUUCACGCACUCGUCAUCGUCGUCAGCGUUCCAAAUCUCGCUCCAAGCUGGUGCAAAAGCCGAAAUCACCUGUCACUGACUGGAGAAAAGACUUGAUGGCCGGUAGACGUCGCAGUCCACCGGAAAUGCCUGAAAGUAGUUAUUAUGGAAACGAAAAACGUUCAAAAGGCCAUAAGCAUUCCAAAAAACACGAUAAACAAAGACAUGGUAACAGUCAUUCACAAAAAUCUCACAAAAGGUCUCCGUCUCACAACGCAGACUAUUAUCGACCUCGCAAGCAUACUCAUAAUUCUGGAUCCCGACACCAUAACAUAGUCGAAGUUAACGAGAGAGAUCAAAGAUCAGGUUGUUUAGAACAAUCAAGAAAAGAUGGUUUUGCUGAAAACUACAGAAAAUAUGAAGGUCCUGACCUACCUUCUCAUUAUGAUUAUCGUUCGUCUAGUAGAUACAGACAUGAUGCUGAAUCACACGGUCGCAACGCAAGCCCAGAACCAAGCCGCACGCGCGAUAGAGAAUCUGAUUGGCAUCUCAGAGAUCAUGAUCACCGACAUAGUCACCACUCUAGUCACAUAAAAAGAAGAGAAACCUCAUCUGGACACGAAAAUUUAUCCUUUGAAAGACGCCAGUAUCACCGUUUACCGAGUCCUGAAGGGCCGUCAUUGCCCCCAAAUAUUUCCAAAAGACCUUCAGAUUCUAGGAUAAUCGAAGGAGUCCCCAGUAAGCGUACAAAACGUGAGGCAUCUGCUUCGUCAAGCAGCUCAUCAACCAGCAGCAGCAGCUGUAGUAGUAGUGGUAGUAGUAGUAGUAGUGGAAGCUCCAGUAGCAAUGAAAGCGAAAGCGAAGGAAAUGGAGAAGAAUCUAAAAGGCCACAAAUUAAAAUCCCAAAGAAAGAACCCACUCAUGAAGGUCCUGCUCUCCCUCCAGAGCUGGAGGUAUCUCAACCCGAAGGUCCUGCUCUUCCUCCGGAUGUUGAACUCGCCGUAGAGUGGUCGGAAAACCCAGCCCAUUCUGGAUCUACAUCCCCAAGUUCGACAACUUCAGGAUCUUCUACUGGUGACGAACACAGUGAGGAAUCGGGAUCAAGUUCAAGUGAUAGUGACAGUGGCAGCAGUAGUAGUAGUGGUACCGGUAGUAGCAGUAGCAGUGAAAGUGAUAAUGAAGCCACCACGAAACCUCAUAAAUCUGAAAGAAACGGUAAACACCCUAAAAGUCUUGGAAAUCAUAUGUCUCCUGAAGGUCCUGCUUUACCUCCUACCUCUAGCUCUAAUUCACAUAAGAGGAUUGACCCCCAUGAAUCAGUUGAAGAGGUUUUACGUCGACGGGCUUUGGAGUCUUUACUUCGGAGCUCACAAAAACUCCGCGGUUCUCCUUAG